AAACAGUUUUAAGUCAGCAGGCAAGCCCAAAGGUUUGCAAACCCAAAAGAGCUCCCUUCUUCUGUUAAACCAAAAACCAGUGCACUUUGACCCCGGACGCAAUGAGUAACAAAGGCGGGGAAGUGGUACUCGUAACCGGCGGCAGUGGAUUUCUGGGUCAGCACCUUAUCAAGCAGUUGCUGGAGCGGAAGGAGGAGCUGGGCAUAAAAGAGAUCCGCUCGCUGGACAUAGUGCCCUACAAGAACAACAUCGGCCAUGAGGAGACCAAACUGCUGCGCACCUUUGUCGCCGAUAUCGGAGGCGAUCGGGAGGCACUCAAUCCCAUCUUCAACGGGGUGGACGGGGUGUUCCACUGCGCCGCUUCGGUGAAAAUCGAGUAUCCGCCCAACUACGACGAACUGGAACGCGUGAAUGUGAACGGCACCCUGGCGGUCGUCGAUCUGUGCAUCCAGAACAAUGUCAAGCGUCUGGUUUAUACGAGUUGUACAUCCGUUUGCUUUGUGCCCUUUAAGGGGCGUAGUACCUUUUCGGCGGUCAUUAACUCCACGGAAUCCAAGACAGACACUCCCACGCUCGACAGUUCCACUCUGUGGGAGCAGGAUAACCAGUUCCUGAUACCGGGAUACGCCUCCAGCAAGCUGAGAGCGGAGAACAUAGUGCUCAACUCGAAUGGAGCUCCUCUGCAGAACCAGCAAGAAUAUCUGGCAACCAGCGCCAUUCGUGCCCCACUGACAUAUGGCGAGUGUGAUUCCCACUUCAUCACGGAGGUCUUUGAGUAUCUUUCGACCCGCGGAUGGGUAUUCCCAAGGAUCGCGGGCGUGGGAGGAAAGCAGCAGUUGGUAUACGCUGGAAAUGUGGCCUACGGACAUAUCUGCGCCUACAAGGCCCUGAAAGUAUCCGAUAAGGCGGUGAACGGACUUCCCGUCUUCGUGACCGAUGAUACGGGCAUCAACGAUGUCUCCCGAUUUGUCCAGAAGAUGGCCGUGCUGGGCGAGCGCUUCAAGGUGAAGACCAGCUGGUGGUACGUGCCGCACUUCCUGUUCUUCUUCCUGGCCUUCCUGCUGGAGGUCGUGGUCCGGGUGGCGUAUCCCUACACCAAGUAUCGCCUGCGCUACUCCCUUCGCGCCCUCGCCUCCUACACGUCGUCGAUGCUUAUGUACAACCGGCUAAGGGCCUCCAUCCACAUGGACUACAUGCCCCUGUUCGAUCCGGAUGCGAGUGCCGAGCGGAGUGCCAAGUGGUAUGCCAGGUGGUGGGACGAACGGCAGCAGGCCAAGAAGCUCAAGAAGUCCAGCUGAGUGGCGCUAAUCCCGCAUUACGAUAGUGUACUACCCGAUAUCCUGAGUGGGUUUGUCUUUACUGCCCCGCUUGAUGUCCUGUAAAUAUCCUGUUAAAUAAAAUGGUUGUUGUUCGUUUUA